AGCACAGAUCUGAGACUUGAGUGCCUCAGAGAAUGGUCUCCUCCUUACUUUGGAUGACCCCAGGGAGCCUUCCUGUGUUUGGGGGCCUCUUCCUUGGCCUCCUUCCCCUUAACCACAGGUGGUGCCCCUCUGCCCAGUGAAGGCUGUUUCCUCCCCAACCUGACUCUGGUGCAAAUCUCUCGGCGGCCUGUAGGGUGCGCAAGGAGCAGCCCCGAGCGUCCCGGGGCUCUACAGGUCCGGUGGACACCGCCCACCGCCCGGGAGCUCCCGAAACUCGCCGCCCGCUGCUGGGACCACAGCAGAUCUCGGCGCAAGGGCGAGGCGUGGGAUUUUCCGGCUUCGUGCAGUAGUGCCCGCGAUCAAGCGGCUCCCGGAACUCAAAGGCGGGGUGCCCAGUGGAGUCCAUAUACCCGGUACGCUCCAAGGGGCGCCCCAGACUAGGAGCACCCCAGAGCCAAAGCAUCCGGAACCGGGCGUACCCCCCGCCCCCACCUAGGAAAACCGCGAACUGGGAGGAUUCCCAGCCCCGAUCCUCACUGGGAGGAAUCCCCGACGAGGAGCAUCUCUGAUUGGAGCAUCCCAGACCCGGGACACUCCGCGGGAUAGAACAGCGCCCCACCUCGCACUGCGGACACGGAACUGCGUCCCACCACAGCCUCCGCGGCUGCCAGACGCCUUUUCUUUCCUCUUACUCUCUGUUCCUUUUUUUCUUUUUUUCUUUUUUUCCUUUCUUUCCCCAACCUUCUCUAGUUGCCUUACAUCUUUAAUCACACUUGUGGCUCCUCUCGUUCCUUUCCUGUUUCCCAGUCCCAGUAGCUAGGGAGGCAGCGCACCGCAGUUUCUCACCUGCUUCUGGAAACCCUGCCUCCGCCGUCGCGACCAGAGUGCAGGAGGGACGGCCGCCCCCGCCGCGGCCUCGCAGAACUCGGCUCUGAAGAGAAACCACUAGAAGCAGAAUCCUCAAAUGCAUCGUAUAGAACUACUCUUGACAUUUCUGAUGUUUAUGUUUACAAGCACCUCAGAAACCUGUACUUUACGCUUUAACAUCACCGCAGUCAGAGGAGAGCCUUUCUAUCUGAAAUAUUGCUCAUUAGCACCUGAGCCCAAGAAUGAAACAGCCGCCGUAAGAUGGUACAAGAGUAGUGGAUCCCACGGGCGCAUUGAGCUAAACUCAAGCAGUUUUCCCAGAAUUUCUCUGUAUGAUCAUGUUUUGGAGUUUUGGCCAGUGGAACUGGAGGACAGUGGAUCUUACUUUUUCCAUAUGGGAAAUAAUACACGUGAAUGGAAAUUAAAUGUCAUUGGAAAAAGUAAACACAGAUGUUUUGCUGAAAAACUACUAAUUAGUAAACCUGUGGAAGUUCAGAAAUCUUUGCGAGUCAAAUGUAUAAAUACACACUAUGAAAAACUGGCCAACAGAACAUCACUGUAUAAGAACUGUCAAGAGAUAGAGAACAAUAAAAACGCAGUUUUACAGAAGAAUGCAGAGUUUGAAGAUCAAGGAUAUUACACUUGUGUGUAUUUCAUUCCUCAUAAUGGAAAACUAUUUCAUGUCACCAAAACCUUCAAUAUAACCAUAGUUGGAGAUCGCAGCAAAAUAACUCCUGUUCUUCUUGGACCAAAGCUGAACUAUGUGAAGGUGGAGUUAGGAAAAGAUGUAAAACUCAACUGCUCUGCUUUGGCAAAUGAAAAGGAUGCUUUUUAUUGGAAUGUGUGGGAAGAAAAUGGAAAGGAACCUAAUGUACAUGAAGAGAACGUAACAAGAAUUAGGACUCCAGAUGGCAAAUUGUAUGCAUCAAGAAUAUUGAGAAUUGAGAAUAUUAAUGAAAAAAAUCUAAACUUUUCAUAUAAUUGUUCUGUGGCCAGCGAGGGAGGCACAGACAUUAUAAGCUUUGUCUUGUUGAAAAAAGAAGGUAUGGUUGACAUCCCAGGCUACGUCUUCACCAGAGGAAUGAUUGUAGCUGUUCUGAUCUCAGUGGUGGUUGUGUGCCUAGUAAUUAUGGGCGUCAUUUAUAGAGUUGACCUGGCCCUAUUUUAUAGACAUUUCAUGGGAAAAGAUGAAACAUUAACAGAUGGAAAAGCAUACGAUGCUUUUGUGUCUUACCUGAAAGAAUGUGGACCCGAGAAUGGAGAGGAGCACACCUUUGCUGUGGAGAUUCUGCCCGAGGUGUUGGAGAAACACUUUGGGUAUAAGUUAUGCAUAUUUGAAAGGGAUGUGGUACCUGGAGGAGCUGUUGUUGAUGAAAUCCACUCAUUGAUAGAAAAAAGUCGAAGACUGAUCAUUGUCCUAAGUAAAAGCUACAUGUCUAAUGAAGUCAGGUAUGAACUUGAAAGCGGACUCCAUGAAGCGCUGGUAGAAAGGAAAAUUAAAGUCAUCUUAAUUGAGUUUACACCUGUGAGAGACUUCAUGUUCUUCCCCCAGUCACUACAGCUUUUGAAAUCUCACCGAGUUCUGAAGUGGAAUGCUGAUAAACCUCCAUCGUAUAACUCAAGGUUCUGGAAAAAUCUUCUUUAUCUGAUGCCUGCAAAAACGGUCAAGCCCUAUGGAGCUGAGUCUGAAGUCCUACCUGUUCUUUCACGGUCCUGAGCUUUAGGAAAGCUGAACAUACGAAAGAACUGUUGACGCUCUGGGCCCAGAGUGGAUGGGCCUGUUUUUAACAAAGGCCCUAUUAAAAAUGUUUACCUCUCUGAAAAUCCUUCUUACGGUUCGAAGAUGAUAGUCAUCAUUAGGUUGCCAAGGAUAAGACUGAACACUGAGAAGCGCUCAUGUGCUCCUGGAGGAACCUGGAAUUCCAAAGCAAUGCAUCUCCUCUUUCUCCCUCCUCCAUAACUGGCUAUAGGUGCUCGUUCUCAAUUCAUGUUCAGCAACUGUGAGGCAGAGCAUGAAGCAGAAUACCUUAGGCUCUUAUAAAAAGGGCCUGUCUCUAUGUUUUUGUUUUUGUUUUUUUUUUUAAAUUUCUUUUCAGCGUGAGAGUAUUCAUUGUUUUUUGCACCACACCCAGUGUUCCAUGCAAUCCGUGCCCUCUCUAAUACCCACCACCUGGCACCCCAACCUCCUACCCCCGCCCCUUCAAAACCCUCAGAUUGUUUUUCAGAGUCCAUAGUCUCUCAUGGUUCACCUUCCCUUCCAAUUUCCCCCAACUCCCUUCUCUCUAACUCCCCAUGUCCUCCAUGCUAUUUGUUAUGCUCCACAAAUAGGUGAAACCAUAUGAUAAUUGACUCUCUUUGCUUGACUUAUUUCACUCAGCAUAAUCUCUUCCAGUCCUGUCUCUAUGUUUUUAAUGCUAAUGCUUGAAUUAAAUGAUUGUAAGCAUUUUCUGGGAUCCAGUAGGUGACAUAAUAGCAGGAAUGGUGCCUUCACUCUCCAGUGCAGCCUAUAGCUAAGCAUCUGGGAUAGUGCCUGAGACAUGGCAGAGAGCUGGUGGGGCUAUGUGCACUGGAGACCCAGGUGUGACAGGGCCUUAGCCUCAGGACAUGUUUAAUGUGUCCUGGCCACAGCUGCAGACCCACUAUUAUCAGAACCCCCUGAAGCACUGCUCAGGGCUUGCUUAUUUGGGUCUGUUUGGAGAGAACGUCCCCAGACUGUUUUAUCUUUCAUGAGAGGCACACAUUUGAAUUAAGAUAAUUCUCUGGGUUUUUCAAAAUGGUCUAAAACAUUUGUUGAUUUAACAAGAAUGUUUAUAGACCUGAUGUCAGAUCAUAUCUUCCAUAUUAGCCAAUAGUCAGUAUUAUACAUUAGCCACAGCAAAAUAGGAUAGUUACUGGUUUGAUUUGUUAAAAAAAAAAAGGUGGAGGCAGCAUGGCAUGGGGUUGAGCAUGAGCUAUGGAGUCAAGACACUUGAGCUCGAAUCCUGGGCUUGCUACUCACUUUGGGGAAGCCUGGAACCUUUUGAACCAAUCUUCUCCUCCAUUUCCUCAUCUUUAAAAUUAAAAUUUAUAGUAACAGUACCUACUUCACAGGGGAACUAAAUGAAUAGAUACAAAUAAAGUACUUACAACAGUUUUUGUCACCGACUAAAUAAUCUACAUGUGGCUAUUACUGCUGUUAUUUUAAUUGUUAGUAUUGUUUUUAUUAAUUGUUAGAUGACUUAUUUAGUAGUGAACUAAGAUAGAAGGCAGAGAGCAGAGAAGGGAAAGAGAUCUGGAAGGAAGGCAGUUUUGACUUGAGGACAUUUGUAUAUAGAGAGAAACAUGUCAUUAGGGCGGAAGACAUUUCUCCAUUAGAUGCAUGAAACUUUUGACUUUGGCAGUCAUGUAUGUGUCUGUCACCCUAAGGUGAGUCCAGCACUCUAGGCCUUCUUGGUGGGUUCAGCAGUCAUGGCUGCCCAAAUCACUGAGUGAGUGACAAAUAGCCAUCUUACACAGAAAGAAAAGGUUUAGUAAAUCUGGAAGCGUGGAUAGAAUGUAUGGGUGCAGAGUAAAUGAUCCAGAGAGUUUUAAAGCAGAGAUGGUUAAAAACAGCUGUAGUAGAUAUUGCUGAAAUUAACAAAUUGAGAUUUUACUAGAUUUUUGGUGUGAGAAACUGAUUUACUUUUGUAGAGCUUAAAAUUUUGUGUGCUAAUUAGGUAGCUAAAAAAAGGUAAAAGAAUUUGAUUACUAACUGAAUGUUUUAUGUGUGAAAACAUAUGGUCUAGAGAAAUGUUAUUUGCUAUCAUCAGUGUCUCUAAAACAAAGACUGAUUUUGCUCUUCUCUUUUAUUGUGUGUGCUGUUAAAUACAUUAAGUAUAUUUUGUAUUGUGUGUUAAAUACAUAUAAUAAAUAUAUGCUUUAGAAGACAGUAAUAGGGGCACCUAGGUGGCUCAGUGGGUUAGAGCCUCUGCCUUUGGCUCGGGUUAUGAUCCCAGGGUCCUUGAUCCCAGGACUCUGCUCAGCGGGGAGCCUGCUCCCAGCUCUCUGUCUGCCUGCCUCUCUGCCUACUUAUGAUCUCUCUCUGUCAAAUAAGUAAAUAAAAUCUUUGAAAAAAUAAAAAAAAAUAAAAGACAGUAAUAAAC